UCGCCACCUUCUUUGUCUUCGGCCCAACAUUUCGACACCAGGGGUUGUUUAUAUUUCUUUUUGGUUUUGAGGAUAUAUUUACACAUAUAUCCUAAAAUUCCUAACCUUUAAUGACAGUCGACUCUGAUCUAUUUAUGCCUAAAAGUAAAACGCCAAAAAUGGAUGACCUGGACUACAUCCCAGUAGACCUGAGCCCAGAGGAGCGCUCUGAGCUGGAGGACAUCCGUCGGAGGAAGGGCGUCCUGCUGCAGGAGAUCCAGAGGCUCAGGGAGGAGUUAAGAGAGGCAAUUUUAGAAGUAGAAGGACUGGAGACCAGCACAGAGGGCAGCAAAACUCUUCAGAAAAGUAGGCAUGUGGCAAUGGGAAGGAAAAAAUUCAAUAUGGAUCCAAAAAAGGGCAUUGUGUUCCUGGUGGAAAACGAGUUGCUCAGACACACACCGGAGGACAUUGCUCAGUUCUUGUACAAAGGAGAAGGCCUCAACAAGACUGCUAUAGGAGAUUACCUUGGAGAGAGGGAUGACUUCAACAUCAGAGUCCUUCAAGCUUUUGUUGACCUCCAUGAAUUCACUGAUCUCAACCUUGUCCAGGCUCUGAGGCAAUUCCUGUGGAGUUUCCGUUUGCCUGGUGAAGCACAGAAGAUUGACAGAAUGAUGGAGGCCUUUGCACAGAGAUACUGCCACUGCAACUCUGGUGUCUUCCAGAGCACAGACACGUGUUACGUGCUGUCAUUUGCCAUAAUCAUGCUGAACACGAGCCUCCAUAACCCCAACGUGAGGGACAAACCUGGAGUUGAUCGUUUCAUCUCCAUGAACAGAGGCAUCAACGAGGGGGGAGACCUGCCUGAAGAACUACUCAGAAAUCUGUAUGAAAGCAUUAAAAAUGAGCCCUUCAAGAUCCCAGAGGAUGAUGGCAAUGACCUGACGCACACCUUCUUCAACCCUGACAGAGAGGGCUGGCUUCUAAAACUUGGAGGAAGGGUGAAAACUUGGAAACGCAGAUGGUUCAUACUCACAGAUAACUGCCUUUACUACUUUGAAUACACAACAGAUAAGGAGCCACGAGGCAUCAUUCCCUUGGAAAACCUUAGCAUCCGUGAAGUAGAGGACCCCAGAAAGCCAAACUGCUUUGAGCUGUACAUACCCAACAAUCGAGGCCAGCUGAUCAAAGCAUGUAAAACAGAGGCUGACGGUAGAGUGGUGGAAGGAAACCACAUGGUGUACCGCAUCUCUGCACCCACACCGGAGGAGAAGGAUGAAUGGAUCCACAGCAUCAAAUCAGCUGUCAGCGUGGAUCCCUUCUACGAAAUGCUCGCUGCCAGGAAGAAACGUAUAUCACUGAAGAAGAAAGAGGAACAGCCGUAGAUUGCUUCCUUUAUUUUCUCUUCCUUCAUCCUUGCUCCUUAUUACCUGUUUAUGACUUCUGCUUACCUUCGUUCCUCUUCCUCAAAUGCCUUCUCUUCCUGUUCCAAGGACUUCUUGCUAUCCUGUCUGCAAGACUUUGUAAAGCCACAUCCAGAGCAAAGAGCUCACUUACUGUGGCAGAGGCCUAAACUGCUGCUGAUACACACAACCUGAAACACUACACCCAGAGCACAAAACCUGUUCCGUAUUCUUGCCUUCACUCUCAUUUAAGUAGACUGUGAAGUGUGUUAGGCCAUAUUUACACAAGUGCAGAUGAUCUUUACACACUUUUGUUGCUGUGUUGGCAUUUCAUCCACACUUACUUGCUUAAAGAUUUUACAAACAUCAUUUAGAUGACUGUGUCCAUAUCCAUUUAAAUUUAUAAAAAAAGGAAAGUUCUUGAGGUUAAAUGAUUAAGGCUUUGUUUAAGCAUUUCAUGCAUGUCCAAAAACAAACAUUUAAUAUUUUAUUGGCUGUUCAGCUGAUAAAAGACUUUCUGAAAAAUAAGUGUGGAUUAAAGAAUUCAUGAAACAGCUUUCUGAGAUUUAUCUGCAUUAGUGUGGAUAUGGUCUCAUUCAGGGUAGCAAGCAGCUUCCACUUAGUAAAGUCCUACUUUAUAUAUAUAUAUAUAUAUAUAUGUUGAUGCCGCCUUUUUGAGAAAUGGCCUUUCUUGAUUGUGCAUACCCAAGACAAAAUGUGAAUUCAAACACUAAUAAUUUUGUAUUUAGCUCUUCUGAAAAAACAGACAGGUUUGAUUUCAGACUGCUAUACUCACUGCAUCUUAUACUACUGUUAAUGGCUUUAAAUUCACAUCCACUCUGAAGUACUUAGACAUAAUGAGGAAUAUGUCAUUAAUGUAUAUUUACGCAAGCUUUGAAAGUGAAGUCUUGACGUAAAGAGUCUCUGUGCAGAUAGACGUGUGUUUGAGCUCACCGAGUUACUACAUAUAUACUUAAGCAUGUUUCUUAACAUGUCUGAGCAAUAGCAAAGUAGAAGAAAGUCUGGAGGCUUGUUAACAAAUCCUUUAAAUAUACUGAGCAGUUAUCAUCAUGUCCUCCCAGAUGUAACAUUACAGCAUGCCACAAGUCAUGUCCUUUGUCAACACUACGAGACAAAUGUCUGCAUCACCAGUAAUAACUUUAAUCAAGUUUCAUGAAAUCACAAAGGCAGCUCAUUACAAUGUACACUUUUGUGAAUAGAUGUUAGCAUAUUUGUUGAUGAAACACAUAGAAAUGAUUUAAUUUAUUCUUUUGUUAAGAUCAGAUUUUUUUUUUUGUACGAGCUACUGUAUUACUGCAUGUUUGAGAAAUGGAGAUGAUGCAUCGCUGACCAUGCUAGUGCACUGAUUUGAGAAGUGUUAGUGUUCCCUGUUGACUUGGAAAGAUCGCAUUUAAUAAUGAAGUUGAUUAUUGAAUUGAGUGAAUGAUCCUGGUAGUUACUUUUUGAACAUAAUGUGUGCUUAAUAGACUGAUUUAAUUUAAUUUUUUUUUCAUAUAUAUAUA